AAAAAAAUCCAAGAUUAAAAAAAAAGAAACGAGAGAGAAAAUGCCAGCCGGUCCAUUUUUCUGAUCGCCGAGCACUUCACGGAUCGGAUCUGCGUAUCCUAUAAAUGGAAAUGUUCCGAUCUCAACGCCUUGAAGACUCGGUCUUGUUGGCUCAGUCGCCUACUGAUCGUUCCACAAUUUUGGACUUCAAUAAUCCUAGGGUUUAAUUGUGUCUGAUGCAUACAUUUUGAUAUGAAGUUAUGUGCAGUGAAUGCACUUUGCUUAAUUCGUCGGAAUUCGAUUAUCUGAUUCUCUCCCACGCAUUUUCCGAUACUACCACUCUCCCCAUCAGCAAUGGCAGCUUCUCCUGUUAAUUUUCUCUUUUGGUUCUUGCUCGUUUCGAUUACACUAUGGCUGGUUUUCAUGUUCGCUUCUAGACUGGUGGCUUGGAUCUUGAGCAGGGUUGUUGGAGCAUCAGUAGCGUUUCGUGUUGGAGGGUGGAAAUGUUUAAGGGAUGUUGUGAUCAAGUUUCGAAAGGGUGCUAUUGAAUCAAUAUCAGUUGGUGAAAUUAAAUUGAGUUUGCGCCAGUCCUUGGUAAAGCUUGGUGUGGGGUUUAUUUCUAGGGAUCCGAAACUACAGAUAUUGAUAUGUGACUUAGAAGUUUGUAUGAGGCCUUCAAGUAAAGGUAGGCCAAAGUCGUCGAAGCCUCGGAGAACCCGCAGUUCAGGCAGAGGAAAGUGGAUGGUUGUAGCCAAUAUUGCUAGAUAUUUAUCAGUUUCAAUAACAGAUUUGGUUCUAAAGACUCCCAAAGCUACCGUUGAAGUAAAGGAUUUUAGCAUUGAUAUAUCAAAAAAUGGUGGAACAAGAUCAAAUUUGUUCGUCAAGUUACAAAUAUUGCCUAUAAUUGUGCAUAUUGGUGAACCACGAGUUAGUUGUGAACAGUCAUCCAACUUAAGCAGUGGGGGAUGUAUAUCUGCUGUCAAUUCAUCUUUUGCCACUAUGGAGAAAUCUUCUGCUCCUUUUAGUUGCGAAGAAUUCUCUUUGUAUAGUGAAUUUGGUCACGACAGGGAAGCUGGUAUAAUCGUUAAGAAGGUUGAUGUCACUUUUGGGGAGGUCAAUUUGAACUUGAAUGAGGAGCUAUUUUCAAAAAGCAAGAAGGGGAAAGACACUUCUUUUGCCUCGGAAGAAACGGUAGAUUCAACUGCUGAUUCUCUCCCUGCAGUGAAGCCACAGAAGAAGCAAGCACUUGCAUCUCUUUCGAAGUAUUCCUCUGCUUUCCCAGAAAAGGUUUCCUUCAGUCUUCCUAAACUGAAUGUUAUGUUUAUGCAUCGUGAGCAUGAGCUUGUUGUUGAAAACAACAUCAUGGGCAUUCAAUUUAAGAUAAUCAAAUCACGCUGCUUGGAGGAUUUAGGAGAGACUGCACGUCUUGAUCUUCAAAUGGAGUUCAGUGAGAUUCAUUUACUCAGGGAGGCUGGCACUUCCUUUCUGGAGAUACUGAAAGUCGAUAUAGUUACCUUUGUUUAUGUUCCAAUACAAUCAGCAUCACCGAUUAGGGCCGAAGUGGACUUAAAGUUGGGAGGUACUCGAUGCAACAUAAUAAUGAGUAGACUGAAGCCAUGGUUGCGCCUCCAUUCUUCCAAAAAUAAAAAGAUGGUUCUGAAGAAGGAAACACCUUCUGAAAAGCCACAAUCUUCCGAGUCCAAAGCCAUCAUGUGGACAUGUACAGUCUCGGCCCCUGAGAUGACUAUUGUGCUUUAUAGUAUAAGUGGUUCACCAUUGUUUCAUGGCUGCUCACAAUCUUCACAUGUAUUCGCCAAUAAUAUAUCAAAUAUUGGAACUGCAGUACACAUGGAGCUGGGUGAAUUGAAUUUGCACCUGGCUGAUGAAUACCAAGAAUGCAAGGAAAGCCUUUUUGCAGUGGAAUCAAAUGCAGGUUCUUUGAUACACAUAGCUAAGAUAAGUUUGGAUUGGGGAAAAAAGGACAUUGAACCAUCUGAAGAAGAGGGUCUUAGAAGCAAACUCGUUUUGUCUGUUGAUGUGACUGGUAUGGGUGUCUAUUUUACGUUCAAGCGUAUUGAAUCACUUGUUUCAACUGCUGUGAUUUUGCAAUCACUUUUAAAACAAUUCUCUGGUUCUCGAAAGAAAACCACACAGAGCAGAGGAGACCGUUCAACUAAAUCAUCAGGGAAAGGGACCAAACUUCUGAAACUCAAUCUUGAAAGAUGUUCCAUAACCUUGUGUGGGGAUGUGGGUUUAGAGAACACGACUGUUGCAGACCCUAAACGUGUCUAUUAUGGAUCACAAGGUGGUCAAGUUGUUAUAAGCGUCAAUGCUGAUGGCACACCUCGUUGUGCAAAUGUGAUGUCUACAGUGUCUGAUGAAUGCAAAAGGCUAAAUUAUUCUGUAGUUCUUGAUAUUUUUCAUCUCAGUUUAUGUGUGAACAAGGAGAAACAGUCCACACAGGUUGCAGUUGAGAGAGUUCGGUCAACGUAUCAGGAGCAUUUGGAGGAACACGGGAAAGAUACAAAAUUGACAUUUUUUGACAUGCAAAAUGCUAAAUUUGUUCGACGUUCUGGGGGUCUCAAAGAGAUUUCUGUAUGCUCUCUAUUUAGUGCUACUGAUAUUUCAGUCAGGUGGGACCCUGACGUUCAUCUAUCUCUUGUUGAAUUCGGACUUCAGCUGAAAUUACUUGUGCAUAGCAAAAAGGUUCAGGGAGAUAACAUACGUACUGAAGAUGCUUCAAACUCAAGAGAUGCUGAACAAAGGACAGAAACCAUAUCUGAAUCGGGGCAACCUGAUAAGCACAAGAAAAAGGAAUCAAUAUUUGCUGUUGAUGUUGAAAUGUUGAGAGUUUAUGCUGAGGCUGGAGAUGGAGUUGAUGUAGUUGUUCAGGUUCAGUCGAUCUUUUCUGAAAAUGCACGUAUAGGAGUACUUCUAGAAGGACUUUUACUUAGUUUCAAUGGUUCUAGAGUAUUUAAAAGUAGCAGAAUGCAGAUUUCACGUAUUCCUCGUGUGUCUACUGGUACGUGUGAUACAAAAGUGUCAGUUACCACUUGGGACUGGGUUAUUCAAGGUUUGGACAUACAUAUUUGCAUGCCAUACAGGUUGCAGUUACGUGCCAUUGAUGACUCGGUUGAGGAUAUGCUGCGUUGUUUAAAGCUUAUCAUUGCUGCUAGGACAUCUCUUAUUUUUCCAAUGAAGAAAGAAAGCUCAAAAGCUAAAAAACCUAGUUCAACCAAAGUUGGGAGUUUAAAGUUUUGCAUACGCAAGUUAACUGCUGAUAUUGAGGAGGAGCCAUUGCAGGGAUGGCUUGAUGAACACUAUCCACUAUUGAGAAAUGAAGCUUCUGAAUUAGCUGUUAGGUUAAAAUUUCUUGACGAUUUAAUUUCUAAAGCAAACCAGGUUCCGAAAACUACUGAAACAACUGAAUCUACUCAAGAAAGGAAGAUAUACUAUAAUGGCAUUGAAGUCGAUCCGCAAAAUCCAUCAGAUGUGCUCAAAAUGCGAGAAGAGAUAUAUCGACAGUCAUUUCAAUCUUAUUAUCGUGCCUGUCAGAAUUUAUUACCAUCAGAAAGUUCGGGUGCCUGCAGUGAAGGUUUCCAGUCUGGUUUUAAACCUAGCACUGCCAGAACUUCUCUUAUGUCCAUUACUGCUGCAGAUUUAGAUGUUACCUUGACAAAAAUUGAUGGUGGAGAUGCUGGAAUGAUAGAUGUUCUAAAUAAACUUGAUCCUGUCUGUCUUCAGGAAAACAUACCAUUCUCGCGACUCUAUGGGAGAAAUAUACUCUUGAAUGCAGGUUCUCUUGCAGUUUUGUUGAGAGAUUACACAUUUCCUUUAUUUUCUGCGACUUCUGGUAAAUGUGAAGGUUGUCUCGUGAUGGCGCAACAGGCUACGAGUUUUCAACCUCAAAUGCAACAAGAGGUGUUUGUUGGGAAAUGGAGGAAGGUGCAGAUGCUACGCUCUGCUAGUGGCACAACCCCUGCUAUGAAGACAUAUUCAAACUUGCCCAUACAUUUUAAGAAAGCGGAGCUAUCUUUUGGAGUGGGAUAUGAACCAGUUUUUGCUGACGUCAGUUAUGCUUUCACUGUGGCCUUACGAAGGGCUAAUCUUAGUGUCAGGAAUCCUGGUCCACUUAUUGUGCCUCCAAAAAAAGAGAAGAGCUUACCAUGGUGGGAUGAUAUGAGGUACUACAUUCAUGGAAAUAUCACUUUAUGCUUUUCUGAGACAUGGUGGAAUGUUCUUGCAACUACUGAUCCUUAUGAAAAGCUUGAUAAACUUCAAAUAUUAUCUGGUCAAAUGGAGAUCCAGCAGUCAGAUGGUCGUGUCUUUCUUUCUGCUAAGGAUUUUAAGAUUUUAACCAGCAGUUUGGAGAGUAUGGCUAAUACUCGUGGUUUAAAACUUCCUCAAGGCAUAUCUGGUCCAUUACUUGAAACACCGGUUUUCACCCUUGAAGUAAACAUGGACUGGGAAUGUGAUUCUGGAACACCAUUGAACCAUUAUCUACAUUCACUUCCCAUUGAAGGAAAAGCUCGUGAAAAAGUGUUUGAUCCAUUUAGAUCCACAUCUCUGUCACUCCAGUGGAAUUUCUCUCUUAGGCCUCCUCUUCCUUUGGGUGAUAAACAAUUGUUGGAUAAUAUUGAGAAAACUACUGAGUGUUCUACAAGACUGAAUUUUGGAGCUCAUGAUCUUGCGUGGAUUGUUAAGUUCUGGAAUUUGAAUUACUUACCUCCUCACAAACUCCGUACCUUCUCUAGAUGGGCCCGUUUUGGUGUUCCUCGGGCUGUAAGAUCUGGUAAUUUGCCCUUGGACAAAGUAAUGACUGAGUUUAUGUUCAGAAUUGAUAUUACUACUCCUGAGAUAAGACACGUGCCAUUAGAUGAUGAUGAUCCAGCAAAAGGAUUGACUUUUAGCAUGGCAAAGCUGAAAUAUGAACUUGGUUACAGUCGAGGCAAGCAGAAAUAUACAUUUGAAUGCAAGCGGGAGACCCUCGAUCUUGUCUAUCAAGGACUCGAUCUUCAUAUGCCAAAGGCUUUUAUAAAUAAAGAAAAUUGCAGCAGUGUUGCAAAAGCAGUUCAAAUGACCAGAAAAAAUUCACAAUCUGCUUCCAUGGAUAAAGUCCCUGUGGAGAAAGGCAACAUAACGAGCAGCUCAACUGAAAAACAUCGUGAUGAUGGAUUCCUUUUGUCAUCUGAUUAUUUCACAAUUAGGCGGCAGACUCCAAAGGCUGACCCUGCUAGGUUAUUAGCUUGGCAAGAGGCUGGAAGAAGAAACCUUGAGAUGACAUAUGUAAGGUCUGAGUUUGAAAAUGGGAGUGAGAGUGAUGAACAUACACGAUCUGAUCCAAGUGAUGAUGAUGGAUACAAUGUGGUCGUAGCUGAUAAUUGCCAGCGUAUUUUUGUUUAUGGACUCAAACUUCUAUGGACAAUUGAGAACAGAGAUGCUGUUUGGUCUUUUGUUGGUGGUCUAUCCAAGGCAUUUCAACCUCCAAAGCCUUCCCCUUCAAGGCAAUAUGCACAAAGGAAAUUACUUGAGGAGAACGAGCCACAUGAUAAAAAUCAAGUGUGCGAAGAUGGUGGGAUCUCUAAGCCCCCUAACAAUGAUGGCACAGUUGCCUCCUCCACAUCACAGCCACAGACUUCAGAAUUACAGCCAGCUACAUCUCAUUGCAUUAAAACAGAGAAUUUAUCAUCUACAGAUAAAGGGGAGAACUUAUCGUCUCCUGCACCUGGAAAAAAUGGAAAGUUAGAUGACGAAGAGGAUGAGGGGACUCGUCUCUUCCAGGUGAAUGUGGUGGGGCCACAAUUCAAUCUUCACUCAGAAGAAGCUAAUGGUAGGUUCUUGCUUGCUGCUGCUAGCGGGCGUGUUUUAGCACGAUCAUUCCAUUCAGUCCUUCAAGUUGGCCAUGACAUGAUAGAGCAAGCUCUUGGCACUGGAAAUGUGCAAAUUUCAGAGAGUGAGCCCCAAAUGACAUGGAAACGGAUGGAGUUGUCAGUGAUGUUGGAGCAUGUUCAGGCUCAUGUUGCACCAACUGAUGUUGAUCCAGGGGCUGGAUUGCAGUGGCUUCCUAAAAUUCUAAGAAGUUCUCCCAAAGUAAAGCGAACUGGAGCUUUGCUUGAAAGAGUGUUCAUGCCCUGUGACAUGUACUUCCGAUACACAAGGCACAAGGGUGGAACUCCAGAGUUAAAGGUGAAGCCAUUAAAAGAGCUCACUUUCACUUCUGAAAAUAUAACAGCAACAAUGACUUCUCGUCAGUUUCAAGUUAUGGUUGACGUGUUAACAAACCUCCUCUUUGCACGGCUUCCCAAGCCUCGAAAUAGUAGUCUUUCAUUUCCUUCGGAAGAUGGUGAAGAUGUUGAAGAGGAAGCCGAUGAGGUUGUACCUGAUGGUGUUGAAGAGGUAGAACUUGCAAAAAUCAACCUUGAAAGGAAAGAACGGGAAAAGAGGUUACUUGUUAAUGAUAUUAGAAAAUUGUCUCUCUAUUGUGACGGUGGUAGUGACCUAAAUCCAGAAAAAGAUGGUGAGAUGUGGAUGAUUUCUGGUGGAAAGUCCUUAUUGGUGCAAGGAUUAAAAAGAGAGCUUGUAAAUGCACAAAAGUCUAGGAAGAUGGCAUCUGCAUCGUUGAGGGUGGCUCUUCAGAAAGCUGCUCAGAUAAGAUUGAUGGAGAAGGAGAAGAACAAAAGUCCUUCAUAUGCUAUGCGGAUUUCUUUGAAAAUUGAUAAAGUAGUCUGGAGCAUGCUUGUUGAUGGUAAAUCUUUUGCAGAAGCUGAACUAAAUGACAUGUUUUAUGAUUUUGACCGGGAUUACAAAGAUGUUGGCAUUGCUCAGUUUACUACGAAGUUUUUUGUUGUUCGAAAUUGCUUGCCCAAUGCCAAGUCUGACAUGCUUCUAUCAGCAUGGAAUCCUCCAUCAGAGUGGGGAAAAUUAGUCAUGCUUCGAGUGGAUGCAAAACAGGGAGCUCCUAGGGAUGGAAAUUCACUCCUUGAAAUGUUCCAGGUUGAUAUUUAUCCCCUCAAAAUUCACUUGACUGAAACAAUGUAUCGGAUGAUGUGGGAGUACCUUUUCCCAGAGGAAGAACAAGAUUCACAGAGACGGCAGGAAGCAUGGAAGAUUUCUACGGCUGCAGGUUCAAGGCGUGUAAGGAAAGGUUCCUCAGUUCAUGAAGUAUCUGCAUCUAACACAAAAGAGUCAGAGAUGUUUUCCAAAUUAGGCUUCUCCCUCGGUGGUCAAGGAUCUGGCAACGCAGAAUCUGCUCAGGGAUCAAAGACACAGAACCUUAAAUCUAAUUCUGGUAGUGGUUCAGUCCCUGAGUUAAGAAGAACAUCUUCUUUCGAUAGGUCAUGGGAAGAGACUGUGGCCGAAUCUGUUGCUACUGAACUUGUCUUGCAGAGCAUUACCAAAAGUGGACAACUGGGUUCUGUCGAGCAACCAGAUGAAUCAGGCAGUAAUAAAUUGAAAGAUCCCAAAGCUAUCAAAGCUGGUCGCUCAUCCCAUGAAGAGAAGAAGGGAAUAAAGGCCCAGGAUGAGAAAAGAUCCAGACCUCGAAAGUUGAUGGAGUUCCACAAUAUCAAGAUAAGCCAGGUUGAGUUGUUGGUUACUUACGAAGGAUCAAGAUUUGUCGUCAAUGACCUAAAGUUGCUGAUGGAUACAUUCCAUCGUGCCGAGUUCACUGGGACUUGGCGUAGGUUGUUUUCUCGAGUUAAAAAGCAUAUCAUCUGGGGAGUUCUAAAGUCUGUUACAGGAAUGCAGGGUAAGAAGUUCAAAGACAAAGCACAUAGUCAAAAGGAACCCAACAACACGGUUGUUCCUGACAGUGACUUUAAUUUAAGUGACAAUGAAGGGGGUGGUCUGGCAGGGAAAUCCGAUCAACAUCCAAUAACCUGGCUUAAGCGGCCAAGUGAUGGGGCAGGUGAUGGAUUUGUUACCUCCAUCAGGGGUCUCUUCAACAAUCAGCGUCGCAAGGCCAAAGCAUUUGUCUUGCGUACAAUGAGGGGUGAAGCUGACAAUGAUUUCCAAGGUGACUGGAGCGACACUGAUGCUGAAUUCUCACCGUUUGCUCGGCAGCUCACUAUCACAAAAGCAAAAAGGCUUAUUAGGCGACAUACUAAAAAGUUCCGUGCUAGACAGAAAGGUUCGUCUUCUCAACAGAGGGAGUCCCUUCCCUCAUCCCCAAGAGAAACCACUCCAUAUGAAAGUGAUAGUUCUAGUGGGUCGUCACCAUUUGAAGAUUUUAAUGAACAGGAACAGCUGGAGCAAAUGAAAGAGGAUGUUUUGGAAGCUUGAUGGCCUGAUAAAACGUUACAGAGAAUGCAGAUGAAACUGCAAAUCCAUCUACUUUAAUCUACCACAAUGCUCGUAAAAUUUCAAAAUAUCUUUGGUUGAAGCCUCACUCAAAUCAUAGCGAUGACAAUAAGAGCAAGACAUCCAAAAUGCCCUUGGAGAAUGAAGCCACCUCAAUUUUUCUACCUUUUUUUCUAUAUAUAUAUAUAUAUAGGUUUUUGAGUACACGAGCUCAUAAAUUUGUGAGCAACUGGAAAUCCAAUUUUGUCCGUACAUAUAUUAUUUAUGGUAUAUAAUAAUAAUGGUAUAUCUCAAGUUCCCAACGCA